AUGUCUCGUUCACUUUGCAUUACCUCGGCGGACGGCCACACCGGCUUUCUAAUCGCCGAACUGUGUCUAACAGACCCUAACUUCGCCAAUAAGCUCGGCUCUGUUACAUGCCUGUCCCUCCAUCCUAAUGCCGAUUCUUGCAAAGAGCUCACCAAGCUUGGUGCGAAGAUUGUUUCGCACAAGCCUGGCCGGCUUAGGGAUACUGUUUCUACUCUAAAGAGUAUAGGAGCAGAUACGAUGUGCUUAAUUCCACCGGCACAUCAAGAUAAAUUUAAUAUCACGGUUGAGUUAAUUGAAGCAGCUAAGAAAGCUAAUAUUCCGAAUGUUUGCUUUCUUAGCUCGGCUGGCUGCGAUCUAGCAGAGCGAGAUAGGCAACCCCGUCUACGUGAGUUUAUAGACUUGGAAGCUAUGUUCAUGUCCUCAAAGGGGGACCCGUCGACCUCGACAGGUCAUUCUCCCGUUAUUGUGCGGCCCGGCUUUUACGCGGAGAACCUCCUCCUCUACUCCAAGCAGGCGCAGGAAGAGGGCUUACUUCCCCUUCCCAUCGGCACUAACCACAAGUUUGCGCCGAUCGCUCUUGGUGAUGUUGCACAAGUUGUCGCUCAUGUUCUAACAGGUGAAGGAAAACAUGGAUUUAGCGAUAAACACAGAGGGCAGCUUAUAGUUCUGACUGGACCGAUGCUUGCUACCGGUGGUGAGCUUGCCACAGCUGCUAGUAAGUCAAUAGGAGAGGACCUCCAAUUCGAAGAUAUCUCUGAGGCGGAAGCCAAAAAGGUCCUGCAUGCUCAGGCUGAAAGUGACGAGUCCGAGAUACAAUAUUUACUAGAGUAUUACUCUCUAGUGCGUGAAGGUAAGACGAACUAUAUCUCUACCACUGCCUUUCACGACAUUACUGGCGGACACCCCCAGGAGCCGCCAGAUUUCUUCAAGGUGUAUGGGCAGGAUUUUCACCCAAAGCAUAGUCAUAAAAAGCGGAAACGGUGA